UUAUGCACUAUAAUUAAUCGAAUUUUCCAGGCUAAUUCGUUAUUUUUGAUUAGUUAGUUUUCCUGGCAAAAAUUCUUGGAACAAUCGAUCACUCAUCUACCCCCAAGGCAAACGGCCGCCGCCGCAUGCUUCUAAUCUACCACCCACCACCACUGCCAAGCUGUAUAUUCAUUGAAUAAGUGGAAGGAACGGUCACAAUAGUAAAUCUCUUCCGGUCGCCGCCGACUGCAUAUUUAUUGAUUCCAAUUUGUCGCAAUCCCUUUCAUCUCAUACCCUAACAAGCAAUCCCCUUCUCCCCCACCCCCACCGCUCUGAAAUAUCAUAUGAGUGGCACUCUCCAGGUUAUUGAAUAGCAUGCUUUUGUUUUGCUUCGAGCUCAAACCGUUCGCGGCCAAAGAAGCCUGACUUGAGCUUGAUCUCAUGCAAAAUCUAAAUGAGUCAAGCAAGAGCUUGUAAUUAUUCGGUUACACUCCGCAUCAUACAUAAUAUAAUUGCUCUUUCUCUUUGCAAAAUAUAAUUGAAUGUUGGGUCCAUAUGUCUCAAACAUGAAUGUAGCUGCAAUUGAUCCAUCUCAUCUUCUUAUCCAACUGGAGGGUAUUUUGGAAUCUGACCCUCUCAUUGAUGAAGUUGGGUUCAUUCAUCCAACACAGUUUUCUUUUUUUAGUGAAGAUGUCCAUAGUUCUACUUCCUUGUCAUCUGUGGCUGAUGGAUCUUUCCUAGAGGAUGAAACCAGUAAAUCAGAAUCAACACUCUAUAAUAGUUCUGAUACUUGCUUUUGGCAUAAUGAGCAUAAGUUGGGUAUCUCUACCCUUGUUCUUGUUCAACUAUAUAAAGCAGCUAAAGAUGCAUUCAUGGUUUCUCAUAGACGAUGCAGAAUGUUGAGCAAUUCUCAAUGUAAGAAGGAUGAAAAACUAGAUGAAAAUGCAUCAGUGUGUGCAACGUCUUUCUUAGACAUUGCUGAAUUUGAAGUUAUGAGACAUAGCAAGGCACUUCUUCUACUAAGCUCGGAUUUUGGCACUGCAUGGAAUUCCAGGAAGUUAAUUGUGUCAAAGAAGCAACUCUUGCCGAUGUUUAUGGAUGAACUACUUUUAUCAGCUUUGGUUCUAUCCUAUUCACCAAAAAGUGAACGUGCUUGGAGCCACAGGUAUUCUCUGAACUUGCUUCUGUGUGGUCUCUCUGGUAGGAGGUGGGUGAUCAAGAUGAUAGCUGGAAAGUGUGCAAAUCUACCAGAGAUUGUUGAAAGAGAAUCUGAGUUAGUGAAAAAAAUAGUAGAGAACUCUAAGAUGAACUACCGUGCUUGGAAUCACCGCUGUUGGUUGGUUUCCUACAUGUCGGAGUCACAGGUACUACGUGAGCUGCUCAGUUCCAGAGAUUGGGCUGCACUUCAUGUUGCUGAUAACUCUUGUUUCCACUUCCGAGCUCGGUUACUGGUCCAGAUGAUAGAGAAUUCACAGCUUAACAAGGAUUCAGAUGGUUUGUCAGAUGGAGAACUUCAUAAAAUAUGGAAGGAGGAGCUAGACUGGGAUGCAAUGUUGAUAAGGCAGUACGUGGGAAGAGAGUCUCUAUGGCUUCAUCGUCGCUUCCUGUCACUGUUAUGGAUGAAACAUUUAGCUGUUGAUGACCAGAGUAACAUGUUUAUCAAAGAUGAAAUAAUGCUAUUCCAAUCCUGCACAAUUAUCCCUGAUAAUGAAUAUGGGGACUAUCAAGCACAAGCAACCUUUUCGGCUACCUACAUUACUUGGCUUGCAAAGCAAAUGCCCGUGUCUUUUGGUGUUGUGCUUCAAGAAAGCUCGCAGCUUGAGGCGGUGAAGCUAUUACUCGACCAAGCUGAGAAGAGCUUCCUUUGGGGUUACUAAAAUUCUUGGUGAGGUAGCGAGACAGUUUUCCGUGCCAUUAGAAUUUCACACACCAAAAUUCGGGGCUCGUCACUUGUUUUUUGUAAAUGUUUGAAAGUUGGGUGUUAAUUUACAUGCUGAGAUGGUUGGUAUGUAGAGAAGGAAUGAGGUAGGAACUGAGUGAACCUAGAAAUAGAAUGAUAGUGAAACAAAACAAAUACUAGAGUUCUUAUGAUUGUUGGUAUCCACAAGUAAAGAGAGACAUGAAUGAAAUCAUUAUUUUCAACA